UGUACACAAUCGUACCUUUGUAAAGCGAGCAUGUUGCCAGACCAUGGAAUCACGGAUUCGUGGACUGCCACUUUUUGUUCAAGGAAGCCUGCCAGCCACCAGCCUCACCUCCCCAAAACCUCAAGCUUCCCCAGACUUUCCCCAAAUCCCUCAACACCAUGGAAACCGGCACGGAGCCCCUCGUAGCGCACCUCAAAGACGUCCUCCUCGACCUCGCCGCACACCCCUUCCCCGAAGUCGCCAAUCCUCCUACCGCACCCCGCCGCGCUUCCGUCGCCCUUAUCCUCCGCAUCCAACCGCACUAUUCCCACUGGCCCGCAGCCCACAGCAAACACGCGCAUGCACCAAGCCAUGGGCAUCGGCGGCGGCGGUCUUCAGCCGCCUCAAACCCGGAAAAGAAACUCGAGUUGAAGGACAUACUCGACGCGUUCUUCGCGCAAGACUGGGUCAAGCAUGGGGACCCGGAGCUGCUGUUCAUCAAGCGCGCGACACGUGCGGGGGACAAUUGGAACGGACACGUCGCGCUGCCGGGCGGGAAGCGGGAUCCGGAGGACGAGGAUGACCAGGUUACAGCGGUGCGGGAGGCGAUGGAGGAGGUCGGGGUGGAUCUGAGCUAUGCGCAUGCCAUUGCGAUUGGAAAUUUGCCGCAGCGGGUUGUUACGACGAGUUGGGGGAAGGUGCCGCUUAUGGUGCUAUGUCCAUAUAUCUUCCUCCUCACGAGCCCUAGCAUUCCGCCACUUAGACUCCAACCUACAGAAGUUGCCUCAACGCAUUGGGUCUCCCUCCGCGCUCUUCUCUCCCCCGCCCAGCGCACAUUCGAGUACGCCGACGUGUCGCAGCGGCUCGCGAAAGCUGAGCUAGGCAUCAAGCGCUGGUUCCUGCAGUCCAUGCUCGGCCAGAUGAUGUUUGCAGCCGUCCGAUUAUUACCAUCGGAAAGCACGUAUUGCAGCUCUAUACCCGGCUUCAUUCCCGAAUCCGAAGCGUCGACAGGCGUUAUUGGAAGUAUAAAGGGGUGGUGGACGGGUGACACAGCAGCGAGGAGAACGCAGAAACCGCUGCUGCUUUGGGGACUGACGCUGGGCGUGAUUUCGGAUCUGCUGGAGCACAUACCGCCGCAUAAAGCGAUGGACAUGUGGACGUAUCCUACGUUUACGAGCUGGGAUGUGAGGGUCACUCUGUGGGCGAUGUCGUACAGAUUCAGGAAGCAGAAAGCGAUUGAAAUGGGUCAAGUUACUGAGAGUUCAGCUGGGGCUGAGGAGGAUACAGAGGUGCCGAAGCAGGAUCCACAAGGCAUGCCUGUUGAAAAAGAGCCGGGAGAAGUGGGUAUUGGUGGGCUAGGCGUAGGGAGGCAUUGGGGACGAUCGAAAAGAGAUGCGCUAGGUGUGAGGGGGAGCGCGGUGAACUCCACGCUUGAGGGGUAUUAUCCUAUUGUGAGGAAGGCGGUGGCUACGGCGUUGGUCGGAAGGGUAUCAUUGACAGCGCUUUUGCUUGCAUAUGCAUGGUCUAAGUAUAGGGUUAGGCGGUAAACUUCUUUGCUGUGAUCUUUAAUUUAGCGGGUCAAGACUCUGGUAAUUUAGGCGUGUGGGAAUUAGCUUUCUGUUAUUGAGUUCUAUGUAGCACGGAAAUGACCUAGGUGCGCUCCAAGCUUUUGGAAAGCUACUUGUGACGUUAAAGUCACGUGAACGCGCAAGACCCCUUCGCUCUCCUCCC